GCCAUGGCCUCGCGGCUCCUGCACCGGCUGCGACACGCCCUGGCCAGCGAUGGCCCCGGGGAGGCGGUGGCGGCGGGUCCCGAGGCCGAGCAGUUCCCCGAGAGCUCGGAGCUGGAGGACGACGACGCCGAGGGUCUGUCCUCCCGCCUCAGCGGCACCCUGAGCUUCACCAGCGCCGAGGACGACGAGGACGGCGAGGACGACGACGACGAGGCCGGCCACGACUCCUUGCCCUCCGGGGACGGGACGUCGGGAGAAGACGCAGAACGGAGCCCCCCAUCUGAUGGACAGCGAGGUAGUCAACUCCUGGCCCGGCAGCUGCAGGAUUUCUGGAAGAAGUCCCGGAACACCCUAGUACCCCAGCGGCUGCUCUUUGAGGUGACCAGCGCCAAUGUAGUCAAGGACCCUCCCUCCAAGUACGUGCUCUACACCUUCGCCGUGAUGGGCCCAGGGCCACCAGAUCGCCAGCCUGCUCAGAUCUCUCGACGCUACUCUGACUUUGAGCGAUUGCAUCGAAACCUACAGCGGCAAUUCCGGGGCCUCAUGGCUGCCAUCUCCUUUCCCCGUAAACGCCUGCGUCGGAACUUUACUGCAGAAACCAUUGCCCGCCGUAGUCGAGCCUUCGAACAGUUUUUGGGUCACCUGCAGGCAGUACCUGAGCUACGCCAUGCCCCAGACCUGCAGGACUUCUUUCUGCUGCCAGAGCUGCGGCGGGCACAGAGCCUCACCUGUACUGGCCUUUAUCGUGAGGCUGUGGCACUCUGGGCCAAUGCCUGGCAGCUACAGGUCCAGCUGGGCAACCCCUUUGGCCCAGACCGCCCCCUACUAACCUUGGCUGGGCUGGCUGUGUGCCACCAAGAGCUGGAGGACCCUGGGGAGGCCCGGACAUGUUGUGAAAAGGCCCUGCAGCUGCUGGGAGACAAGAGACAUCCUUUCCUUGCACCCUUUCUGGAGGCCCACAUCCGGCUCUCCUGGCGCCUGGGUCUGGACAAACGCCAGUCGGAGGCCCAACUCCAGGCCUUGCAGGAAGCAGGCCUUACCCCCACCCCACCUCCUAGCCUCAAGGAACUACUCAUCAAAGAAGUGCUGGAGUAACCCUUGACUUGUUUUAGGGUCACUGAGGAGUGGGGGCUACUCCAGAAGGUACUGAUGCACUUUAUGAGAACAUGGCAAAUAGCCAGGGGUGUGCUGGGAGCCUGUCAUAGUUCCACAAGGGAUUUGGAGCAGACAGGAAAGGAAAUUCUCUUGGUGAGCUAGGCUCAGGACAGGCUGGGUUACUCUAGGAUGGUAUAAGGAUAGAACCUGACAGUCUCUCCAGCUUACCACAGCCAGGUCAGUCCAGUGACAUAGUGUAACUGAAGUGCCAGGAACUCUGCUAGAGUCGCUGCUCCUGGAGUUGCAGGACAGAGGAAGCACUGCAAUUCUGGCCCAGGGGAAUUAAAGGCCAGUAACUCCA